CCAGCCGGCCUUCCAGGAACAAGCAGCAGGCGCAGAGGGAAGAAAAGCACCACAACAUGCUCUCACUGUGAACGCGUCUCUAUGCGCGCUGUAGCGAUUUCCAAAUCGCUCUCUGCCUUUAGGUUUUCGGCCUGUUAGGGUGUGGUCGUCUUUUCAGUGAUCUUUCCUGCAUGUUGGCGCGUUUUUUAUGCCCGUCAAACUUGUCAGAGGCCACUUGGAGCUGUCGGACGCCAUCUUUAGGACUGCUCAGGGAAGAGGCGAGUGGCUGGGCCACCGUUAGCCCGGGCUGGAAUUUCGCUCUCCUGGAUUAUCUGCUUCAUGCGCGUCCAUAAAUCAGCAACGGCAGCGCGGUUUGGAGAUCAAUCCAGUGUUUAUUCAGUAAAGCUCUAGAAAACUGACAGUGAGUCGAGAAAACUGCUGUCGUGCUCGAGUAAUACUUUGUGGACUAUUUCUUGAGUUGAAACUUAAACGAGGUUACGCUAGCUGACUUUAACCCCCCAGCCUGGCUGUCGGAACGGUAUCUGUAUGAGGCCAUUGUCCUGCAGAUGAGCCAUAUCCGGGGGCUGUUGCGUCGCAGACCCAGAUAAUUCCUGGUGGCUGCGGCCCAGGCCCCGCCCCUACCCAUUAUGCCCAACGCUGUUCGAGCGGGGAGCCUGAAGGACCCCGAGAUCUCUGAGCUCUUCUUCAAGGAGGAUCCUGAAAAACUCUUCACUGAUCUCCGAGAGAUCGGCCAUGGCAGCUUUGGCGCAGUUUACUUUGCACGAGAUGUGCGCACCUCAGAGGUGGUGGCUAUCAAGAAAAUGUCCUACAGUGGAAAGCAAACGAACGAGAAAUGGCAAGACAUAAUCAAGGAGGUGAAAUUUCUCCAGAAUAUAAAGCACCCCAACAGCAUUGAGUAUAAAGGCUGCUACCUGAGAGAGCACACAGCAUGGCUGGUAAUGGAGUAUUGUCUGGGAUCUGCUUCAGAUAUCCUAGAGGUACACAAAAAGCCCUUACAAGAAGUGGAGAUAGCAGCAAUUACCCAUGGUGCUCUACAGGGGCUGGCAUACCUUCACUCCCACAACAUGAUACACAGAGACAUCAAAGCUGGGAAUAUUCUGCUGACUAAACCUGGCCAAGUUAAACUGGCUGACUUUGGCUCUGCUUCGAUUGCUUCUCCUGCUAACUCCUUUGUGGGAACUCCAUAUUGGAUGGCCCCAGAGGUGAUCUUGGCAAUGGAUGAGGGUCAGUAUGAUGGCAAAGUGGAUGUCUGGUCCUUGGGUAUAACUUGUAUUGAAUUAGCGGAGAGAAAACCUCCACUUUUCAACAUGAAUGCAAUGAGUGCCUUAUACCAUAUAGCGCAGAAUGAGAGCCCAGUACUGCAGUCAAGUGAAUGGACUGAAUUCUUUAGAAACUUUGUGGACUCCUGCCUCCAGAAACUGCCUCAUGACAGGCCCACUUCUGAGGAGCUUUUGCAGCACGCCUUUGUGUUACGUGAGCGACCCGAGUCUGUGCUGACCGACCUGAUCCAGCGCACCAAAGAUGCUGUGAGAGAGCUGGACAACCUACAGUACCGCAGGAUGAAGAAAAUCAUCUUCCCUGAUCCACAAAAUGGACCAGUGGCAGAGGCCCAGGACGAGGAGGAGGAGCCGGAGCAGAUUACAGGACAUACAGGCACAGUGAACAGUGUGGGUAGCAGCCAGUCCAUACCUAGCAUGUCCAUCAGCGCCAGCUCUCAGAGCAGCUCUGUCAAUAGCUUGCCUGAUGCUACUGAGGACAACAAGAGUGAGCUGGACCUGCUGGAGGGGGACCACACAGUCAUGUCCAACAGCUCCGUCAUACACCUUAAACCGGAAGAGGAGGACAGUCAACAGGAGACCCCAGAGGUUCCUAGCGAGCCAACUGAAGAGCAGUCUCCUUCUGCACAGACUCCUCGUCGUCACCACCGCAACAGAGAGCAUUUUGCCACCAUCCGCACAGCCUCACUGGUGACACGUCAAAUCCAGGAGCAUGAGCAGAAUUCAGAGCUGCGGGAGCAGAUAUCUGGGUACAAGCGAAUGCGGCGGCAGCAUCAGAAGCAGCUGUUGGCUCUGGAGAACAAGCUAAGGGCAGACCUAGAUGAGCACAGGCUCAAAUUAGACAAGGAGCUAGAGAGCCAGAGGAACAGCUUCUCUGCCGAGAUGGACAAACUUGUCAAGAAGCACCAGACAUCCUUGGAGAAAGAUGCCAAGAACUUUGCCAAUGAUGAGAAGAAGUUCCAGCAGCACAUCCAGAGCCAGCAGAAGAAAGAGCUCAACAGCUUCCUGGAGUCCCAGAAACGCGAGUACAAGCUGCGCAAGGAGCAACUCAAAGAGGAACUAAGUGAGAAUCAAUCCACACCAAAGAAAGAAAAACAAGAGUGGCUGUCAAAGCAGAAAGAGAACUUGCAGCACUUCCAGGCUGAAGAGGAGGCAAACCUUCAGCGCAGGCAGCGUCAGUACCUGGAGCUCGAGUGCCGCAGGUUCAAACGGCGUAUUCUCGUUGUUCGGCACAAUGUGGAGCAGGACCUGGCAAGAGAGGAGUUAAACAAGCGACAGACACAAAAGGACCUGGAGCAUGCCAUGCUACUUCGACACCAUGAGUCCAUGCAGGAGCUGGAGUUCAGGCACCUGAGCACCAUCCAAAAGAUGCGGGCUGAGCUCAUUCGCUUACAGCACCACACUGAACUCACCAACCAGAUUGAGUACAAUAAACGCAGAGAGAGAGAGCUUCGACGCAAGCACGUCAUGGAGGUCCGGCAGCAGCCCAAGAGUCUGAAGCCAAAAGAGGUUCAGAUCAAGAAGCAGUUUCAAGAAACAUGUAAAAUCCAGACACGGCAAUACAAAGCCCUGAAGAACCAACUGCUGGAGAGCACACCCAAGUCAGAACACAAAACCAUGCUCAAGAGGCUGAAGGAGGAGCAGACACGCAAGCUGGCCAUCCUCGCUGAGCAGUACGACCAUUCAAUCAAUGACAUGCUCUCUACACAGGCUUUACGGCUGGAUGAGGCCCAGGAGUCUGAGUGUCAGGCAUUGCGGAUGCAGCUGCAGCAGGAGCUGGAGCUGCUGAAUGCGUAUCAAAGUAAGAUUAAGAUGCAGACUGAGUCACAGCAGGAUCGAGAGAGGAAGGAGCUGGAGCAGAGAGUAUCUUUGCGCAGGGCUCUGCUGGAGCAGAAGAUCGAGGAUGAGAUGCAGUCACUGCAGAACGAUCGCUCUGAGCGUAUUCGCAGCCUGCUGGAACGUCAAGCUCGAGAGAUCGAGGCCUUCGACUCGGAAAGCAUGCGCCUCGGCUUCAGCAACAUGGUGCUGGCCAACAUCUCCCCAGAGUCGCUGAGCAACAGCUUUCCUGGGGCACCAGCCAGCUGGGCCCACUCAUCCACUACCCAGAAUUCCCAGUGGAGCUGUUGUUCAGGCUCUGGUUAUCAGUACCACGCAAAUCAGGGAGGAGCGCCUGGCCAGCAGGUCUGGGGAGCACCUGUCUCAGGAGCAGCACCUCCACCUUGGAGCCACUCACCAGGGGGCCUCCUGGGGGCCGUGCCAAAGAGCAGCGGGAGUAUGGCCAUGAGAAACAGCCCCCAGGCCCUCAGGAGGACCACAUCAGGGGGGCACAGUGAGCAGAACAUGAGCAGGAGCACCAGCAUCACAUCUCAGAUAUCCAACGGCUCCCACCUAUCCUACACAUAGACCCCAGAGUACCAGUGCCAGGCCCCACACACACACAUACUCACUCAUACAGGUUAAGGGACUGCCAAAUUGCAGACAGACACCUAGGAUCAGCUAAAUGGCACUCAAACUUGCUUGUCCCUACCCGUUUUGUCUCUCUGUCUCCUGAUUUUUCUCACAUGCAGUGGGUGAGGAACAGAUCAACAUUGCUCAGGUCAAUAGCUAUUCUAUCUGUGCAUGACCGUUAAUUGGCCCACAUGCAGAGCUAGAAUUUUUUUUAAACACUGCAACUUACAUGAUGCUCUGUUGAUUUCUGUGAAUCCUUUUAACUGUCUUUGCAAUCCCCACUAACUAUUUAAAAAGCAUGUACAUUAUGUAUGAUGGAUACAGAGAACAUUUUAAACAUUUUGGCCAUUUGUUGAACUCCAUACCAUUGAACUGAUGGAUUUAAAUAGUAUAGGGACAUCGAACAGACAGCUACACAAGUGUAAUAAUAAUCCUAGACAAAAUGCCAAAAUGAAGCCAACUUAGAGAUGCUUAAGUUCCCAUCCUGCCACAUUGCCAGCCUGCUGUUAUGCCCCAGGUGAAUCAGGUGAAUGUUCCUCUUCAGCUAGAAUGUUGAAUUGUAGUUCGUCUUGAAGAAAGUUAUUUGUAUUCGCCACAGUUUGAGUGCAGAGUGUUGUGUAAUAUGGUGUUGAGAGUAGAGUAAGUAGUCAGUAGUCUUCAGUGUAGGUGUGCAAUCAUGCACUCUCUCAUAUUGCCAGACAUGUGGAUUUUGUGCUUUAAAGCGUUUGUUUUAUUGGUUGGGACUUUAAGUUAGGAUUUUUUUGGGCUCUUGUACUUUUACUCUCAGUAAUAGCAAAAUAGUUGGGUAUUUUUUUUGUUCUUGGUUUGUUUUUUUUUUAAAGUCCAGAUUAAACUGUUAGUUGUAUGGAGUCUGAGAAAAUGCCAACAGGACGAUUUGUCAGCAUUGUCGCCAUCAUGUUUUUUAGAAAGUAUUUGGAUAUCCAUAAAAUGUUUUGCUCUUCCUCAGGCCAAAGGAACCUUCUCUACAAACCUGCAGAAAGUCUAAAGCAUCAUUCAAACUGAAGGUUAGAUGUUCUCAAGCACCUUGAAAAUGUAAAGGAAAAAUUACACGUCAUGUCCUUUACAUUUUACUACUAGAUUUAUUUGUGAAUCUGGUUUGUUUUUAAUGCUUUGCCAUCUCAUCUAGCAGCAUAUUUAGCCAAAGAUAUCAGGUAUAUUUUCUAAAUUUGAGCUCAGUGAGUGCCUUUUAAUUCAGGAUUAUAUUCAGUGGACAGUACGUACAUGCAGGGGUUUGAUUAUUUUUUCAUGUCUACGUUAAAUAAAUAAAUAAACCUAUCGUGCUGAUUACUGAUGCGUGCUGUGGUCUGGGAAAAUCCUUUUGUGUAGUGCCAUUUUCUAAGUUUUGACAUUUUUCUACUGUAUAUAGUUCUGAAAACUACAGACUUUCCUCUUUUACAUUUAAAUCGGCCACAAGUAAUAUUCUAUAAUUUUGUGUUCCCAAAAGUGAAAAUGGAGUUAAACAUUGAAAACUUUCCCACUUUUUGUUCAGAAAAAAAUUAUUUAUGGGUUCUUAAAGUUAAUGUGUCAAAUCACUGAAAUUUCAACUUAAUGUGUUUAAAAUGACGAAGAAGGAAAAAAAAAAAAAAAAAAGACCAAAACUUGGUAUUUUGGGGGUUUCUUUUGUUGUUUGUCAGAAUUCAGCUACAGUAAGAGAUUUUCCCAGACCACCACACACAAGACAUACCUUAUUUGACUACAGGGGAGUGAAUUGGUCAACAGUAUGUGAGGGUUUUAUGGCUGAAUCUGUCUGCCAUGCUGGAAACCACUUGGAAUGAAAUGGAUGGAGAGUGUAUGCCUACCUGAAUAUAUGAUUUUCCAUGUUAAAUGAUUCUCCGCUAUAUUCUAUAGACAGUGGUUUUUGUGGUGCCUUCUUGAAAAGAUGCCAAACAGGAGCACUUUAUGUGAAUUAAAAUUUUUAUUAUUAAGCAAAAUGCUUUGACCACAAAUUUAAAUUUUUACUGUUUGACUAAAAGACAAGCCAGGAUCCAAUGUCUCACAAACACCAAAUACAGGCACAGGACUUCCACGUGCUGGCUUUGAGAGUAAGAUUUACUGUAGUAGCCAUGUAUUACAGAUACAGUUUGUUGAAACCUUUCUGAACAAAGGACAUGAGGUUUAUUGGCGGUCAGUCGUUAUUACUGUAUCAUGAUCUCUAAACACAAAGUGGGAGAAUGAAAACAGAAUGAAUGUAUUUCUUAGCAGUAGCCUCAUCAGGGCAGAGUGGGGGUUUGUUUGAGACUGAAGGACUGCAUGUAGGGAAGAGGAUUGCACAUUGUGUUGAUCAUUAAGGUCAUGACAGCAGGCUUAUCAGUGCAAAUGGGCAGAUCUGUAUGGGAGCAGGUGCUCACUCAGGAUCAAGUCAAAUAGCUAAAUAGUUUUAUUUCAUGUGAAUAUGACAAACAGUUGCCAGACAAAGCUUUAGAUGUGACCAAACACACAGGGAAUAUAGGUUUAUCAUUUUCAUCCUCGCUCUCGCUUGGUCUUGUGCUCUGUGGAGUAGGUAGUGCUGCCUGGAGCUCUGGGUACAUGAGUAGUGUUGCUAAUGCCCCUGUUAGCCCUUUCUCUCGGACCUCUUCCUCCUCCUCCUCAUGUGCUCAUCACACUAAGCCAAGCUCUACCUGGAUCAGGUGUUUCAGCUGACGGAUGAGUGAAUGCACUUUGAAAUAAAAAAUAGUUUGCUCUCCAAAUCAGUUUUGUUUACACUCUGAAAACGGUGACUGAUUGGAUCCAUAGUGAUUGAAUUGUUAUUUUUUUAACAUUUUAAAUGGAUUCUGAUGCACGCUUUUUCUUCCUUGUAUGUUUUUUUGUUUUGCUGUUGUGCACUUGCGAGUAAAGUAGAUUGUUCUCUCUCACUCUCAAGGCAAGACAAAUGAUAUGAGGCACUGGUGUUUUGUUCUUUUGUUUUAGUUUUGUUUAGUAUUGGUUUUUAAUUCAAAUCUUCUGAUUUUUAUAACCCAAAAUCCUUACUUACCAAAAGGCAUCAUGCUUCAAAGACAAAGUUUAUUGAUAUAGUUUAUUUAAUUAACAAUCAAUAUACUUAAAUCCACAUGGGUGUGUGUGGAAUGUUCAUAUUGUAUAUUAAGAUAGAUUAAAAACAUAGUCUAAAACUAGUCAUCUAUGUGAAACCUCUUGUCAAGAAAGAUACUGAGAUAUAUGAACUGUUUGAUUAGGUUGUGCAAGUGGAGAAUUACUCUGGAGAGGUCUCCAGGUUGAAUUUCAGGGAUUUGUGUGUGUUUUUACACUGCACACUUUUUGUUCUCCCAGUUCCAUGAAAGAGUUCAGACAUCAGCUCACGGCAGUGAGUUGCAUCUGUCGUACUCGUCGUGAUUCAUUGUUUUUCUCCGUUGCGUUUAUGAUAGACCUACUCAAGUGAAAGCCUCAGAAUAUAAUGCUUCCAUUGUAUAAGAAAACUGGUGAACGUUAUCGCUCAUAUCUCCUCCUAUAAACAAAGGCUACAGUCCUGAUAGAACAGUAGCACAAUCUUUGUGUAAAAGUUAGGAUGUAGACUUAGUUUUGGCCGAAUCAGUUUUCUAGUUUUAAAUGUUUAUCUUUGUGGUUAAAUACAUUAACACUUUGCUUUUUAUUUCUUCUAUUUUUUUUUUUUCUCCAUAGUUAUUGUUUACUUCCAUCGUCUGGAUAAAGCAUUGAUUCUUUUUAUAUUUAAUUUUUUCGUUAAUUUUAAACUUUUGUCCUACUGACUAAAUUUAGGGGAUGUGUAAUACUGAUGUAAGAAAUACUGGUAUCAAUUGUAUACAUUUAUUCGUCUUACAUUUUCUAGGUGUUGGAGGUUAAACCUCCAUUAAAACACUGUGCCAUCUCACAGCAGCCAAGCUCACUCACUACUGCAGUGUCUCCUCUCCAGUGAAAUCAGCAGUGGUUAUUUUACAGAGUAUUGCACUCUAUUGCCAACGUGUAAGAAAUAAAAAUGGAUAAAGGAGCUCAUACAAGAAGAAAUGGUACAUUUCUGUAAAGAUUAAUGUCAGUAUUCAUUGUUCUCUGGUUGAGCAUCACCACUACAAUUCAUAUGUAAUCUGUAUCAAAAUGUAUAGAUUGUGAAACAUGUUACUGAAUGUCUAAAAGAUUAUGGCUUGAGAUUAUAUUAAAGUAUUCAUAAAUCAGAGAGAGAAAAAAACAUCUAGGGUUUAAUAAACAAUUUUGCUUGUACUGUAUUGUCUUGAUUGAGGAAUAAUGGAGAGGAUUGGCUGUAAUAAAAUCAUUUUAGUACAAA